AAUAUGCUGGGUAUGCCACGGGUGAAUCGAUUACGUCAUACAGAUGUUACAUAACAGCGACGCAGUGAGCUGAGCAGCGCGCGUACUUACCUCUACUGCAAGGUGCAUGAACAUCACUUAGUACAAGGACUGUGCUAGUAUUCAUUCAUCACGACGAUCUAUCAUGUCUCCUGUCAAUAAUGCAGUGUGUGCAGAAGACGGCAACAGUAAGGUGAAGGAAGUUAACAGUGGAGCGCAAAAAGGUUUGGAGACCAUCGCACCUUUGGUCUGCUCUGCGGAAGAGACCCCUGAUCCAAUCCCCGCUAAGGUACAAGGGAUCAUUCCCCACUGGAUCAAUGGCAGCCUGCUCCGAAAUGGCCCGGGGAAGUUUGAGUUUGGAAACACUCACUACAACCACUGGUUCGAUGGCAUGGCCAUGCUACACCAGUUCAAGAUGGAGAAAGGUCAGGUGACAUACAUGAGUCGGUUUCUACACAGCGAUGCCUACAAGAAGAACAGCGAGCGGGAUCGUAUCGUGAUGUCAGAAUUUGGUACCAUAUCCAUGCCCGACCCUUGUAAAAACCUCUUUCAGCGAUUCUUCUCUCGCUUUGAGAUCCCGAAGGCCACAGACAAUGCCAAUGUCAGCUUUGUGAAAUACAAGGGAGACUACUAUGUCAGCACAGAGACCAACUUGAUGCACAGGGUGAACCCAGAGAACCUAGAAACCCUGGAACAGGUAGACUGGAGCAAGUUCAUUGCUGUUAAUGGAGCCACCGCCCACCCUCACUAUGACCCUGAUGGCACCACCUACAAUAUGGGCAACUCGUACGGAGGCACAGGGGCCAUGUACAACAUCAUUAGUGUGCCCCCUGAGAAGUCAGAUGCUGAAAACACCCUGAUAGGCGCCAAAAUUCUCUGUUCCAUCCAGCCUGCAAACAAGUAUCAACCCUCCUACUACCACAGCUUUGCUAUGUCAGAGAAUUAUGUGGUGUUCAUUGAGCAGCCAAUUAAAAUUGACCUGUUGAGGAUAAUCACAUGUAAUAUGAGGAGGACGACGUUCUCUGAAGCCAUCCACUGGGACCCCAGCCUGGAAACGAUCUUUCACCUCGUUGACAAGCGUACUGGUGAGGUCAGCCCUGUUCAAUAUCACACCAAAGCACUCGCCACCUUCCAUCAGAUCAACGCCUUCGAAGAAGAUGGAUUCUUGAUGUUGGAUCUGUGCUGCUCAGAUGACGGCCAAGCCAUCGACAACUACUGUCUUCAGAAUUUACGCAAGUCGGGAGAAGCGCUCGAUGCGGUGUACAACAGCAUGAGCAGAGUUUUACCUCGCCGCUACGUCUUACCCCUUAACGUGACUAAUGACAUGCCGACCGACCAGAACCUGAACACCCGUCCUUCCAGUACAGCAACAUGCACCAAAACCUGCAGCACCAGGGUGUUCUGCCAACACGAGGAUCUCCAUGGUGAUGACCUCUACCAGUAUGGCGGUCUGGAGUUCCCCCACAUCAACUACGAGCGAUACAACACCAAGCCUUAUCGUUAUUUCUACGGCUGCGGCUUUAGGCACAUUUUUGGAGACACCCUGCUUAAGAUGGACCUGAACGACAAGACGCUCAAGGUAUGGUACCACAAGGGUCUCUUCCCAUCGGAGCCCAUCUUUGUGCCCGCACCGGACGCCGUGGAGGAAGACGAUGGUGUCAUCCUCUCUGUGAUUCUCUCCCCUUCACAGGAUAAAGGCACAUUCCUCCUGGUUUUGAAUGCCAAGACGUUUGAAGAGUUGGGAAGAGCCAACGUGCCUGUCAACAUGCCCUACGGCUUCCAUGGUACCUUCAAUGCCUCUGCUUGAAUGAAUCUGUUAGGACACGUUACGCUGUGCUCAGUAAUAAUCAGAGUCUGAAUCAAAAAGUAUGAUGACAUGUAACCACGAUGUUGAUGGUUCUCUAGUGAUUUGUUGCUAUAAGCCUUACAAAGUCUGUUACAUGCAGAUUGGAUGCGGAUUACUAACUACAGAUGGUCCUCAGUUUACAGAGCUCCGUAUUACGGCGUUUUGUGCUUACAAACGCGCUCCCACUAAUGAAUUAAAACCGUAAUUUUGAUCAGUCAACACGAGACUCGCUCUCAACUCUAAAGGUGGUGUCGUGACGCCUAAAAACAAAGCAGGCUAUGAUCAACCAAAACCUUGCCAAAACAACAUCAGCAAACUCCUCUCCUCUCUGCACGCGGCCAUCCUCCUCCUCGUUUAUCACAGUUCAUUGGUUCCAGACCCGACCGCGGUACGUGAAUUCAGGAUUCAAUUUGAAUAAACGUUUACGCGAUGUUAUUCUUUGUUUAUGCCAAUAGUUAGCCUCUCCAAUUUACUUAUUUUAAACUUAAGAAAGUGUUUCAAACGGAGUGGGGAAGCAGGACAAAGAAGCCCAAAACGUACCACUUCCACACGGAAUGAGAGCAGAACCUUUUUUUUUUCACUCGAUCUCAGCCAUCAUUUAAUAAUGAAUUAUUUUUUGAAGAAACAUAAUAUAGUGAGGGAGCGAUAUUGGAACCGUGAUAUAGCUAGGGACGACUGUACAUCACAUUCGCUUAAGCCGAGGACCACCUGUACUGAGGGUUAUACAUACAUGCAUCAUAUAUUCUAUUGCAUGUGUACUGCAGAACUGCCAAACUUCACCCACAAAGUGCUACCAAACCUUCUUUGUGUGUUUUUUUUAUUGUAAUCAAUACUGUAUUUUUUUACUCUGCGUGUGUGCUUUGCAUAAAAGUGUGACUCAAUUUAAAACCUUCUGAUUGAGUACAGCUAAAAGAGCCUUAAAUGACUGUUUUCCUCCUGAAAUGAUCACAUUUAAUUAUCCAGUGUAUGCAAAAUACCAGGAAACAAUGCCUACCUACACUACGGAAUACACUUACAUUUGAUCAAUUCUGGUCUUUUUUUGUGUCUAUUAUUGCAAUAAAUGCCAAAAAAUGUAUGACCACCUUUCCUGUUGGAAUACAUGGGCCCAAUGGGAUGCAUUGCGGUCAUCUACGACUAACUGACAAAAAAAUGAUAACUUUUUACUUCCAAUUUAAUUAUUUCCUCAAAAAUUGUUUGGUUCUCUGAAAUGUAAGCUCUGAGUCAGCCACACUCGCAUAGCCCACAUCAAGAAUCCAACUCAGAUCACGUUAAACCAACCGAAAGCUGCAACAAGGAUAAAGAAAAUGUGCCAACAAGUACUGGCAAGACAUGUGCGGGGAAAUUCAGUUGGCAUCCGACACGGGUGAUAGGCGCAGGAUGUACUAGAAGAUCAGAAUAGUACUUGGCCCACAGGUUAAUAAAGUUGCCCAAAUGAAAUCAACAGCAGAAGAACUCAUCACAGACAAGACCAAACAAAUGGAACGAUGGGUUGAACUACUCGAUUUUCUACUCGCAGCAAAGAGACUUUAGUCCCGACAUGAAAAAUUAGAUUACCUAACUACCUGUUAUGACUGAGCUGGACUUGGAACCACCAAGUGAGGAACUUGAAGGCCUGGCAACAGGCAAAUCUCCAGGGAGCGAGAAUAUACCAGCUGAGGUUCUGAUGGAAAACAAGGACACCCUCCUACCUCGCCUGUAUCAGCUACUUCUGGCAUGCAGGGAACUUGGUGCAAUACCACACAACACGACAGACGCUAAUGUCAUCAGUCUAAAAUAAUCAAUCAUUUUAAAAAUAAAAUAGUUUUUGGAUGACAAGAAGAGCUUUUGCCUACAUCGGUGAGUACCUUCAUGCAAGUCUCCAUAAGCAUGGCAUUACACGCCUUUCGAUGACUUCUGGGUCGGACAUAUGCAACCUGACCGUUCAUACUGCAGUAGCAUCAGAUACAUAUCAGAUUUCUAUCCACAUAUGAGGCCUGAAUCUCAUUUGACAAACUCUGGUACAGGUCACAUACGAGCAAAACCUGCAGUGUGAACAUAGCCGAUAUGGUGAACUGACCACCAGAGGCAGAAAGAAAGAGCGCCCAAAGCUCAGAUGCAAGGACGUCUGCAAAAGAGAUGCGACAUACUGCGACAUCAACUGCAGGAAUUGGACCAGCUGGCAAAGACAGAACAAGAUGGGAAGCCUCGGUUUUAACAGGCGUGUCACAGCUCGAGGAGGCCAUUUCCACAAAAUCGAAUGCAAACAGGCAGAGAGGAGUGCUGCAUUAUCAAAUCAACCAACCGAUAGUGACCAAAAUAUGCAAAUUUUGCUACCGGAUAUGUAAAUCAAACAUCAGCAGAAUCAGCCACAAGAGAAGCUGUCGUGGAAUGACGCUACGAGACAAAAAUGCUUCUGCACACCGUAAUUAUUAUAACUUUGUACUUCCUGUUUAAUCAUUUCCUCAAAUGUUAAUUUUAGGUGACCUCGUACUUCAAUGACCUCAGGAGACAAGCGGGACAUGAAUGUUGUUGGACCGCACUUCAGGUUUAUUUCAAGCUCUGUUAUGUUGAAUGUUACAUAAGUGUAUAAGCUACGGAUUCAAGAACAAGUCCUGCUAAGACGACGAAACAAGCAGAACUCUUCAAGCACAAAGUUCAGUUUGCACAGGACAUGACGCUGGAUGUUUUUCAGAGAAAAAACAGGACAUCAGGCCUAACAUCACAAAAAUACUGGAGGUUAAAUGCAGCUAAAGUUAAGGCGAGGGUGUGUUUUAAAGCUUCACUUUCACUGAAUGCUCUUUUGCACAAUUAAAGAAGAGGACUAUUAAGCAAGAGGACGAGGGAGGGAAAGUCAACAUAAAUUACAAAAAACUUCUUGUGCUACCAAAUAGCAUAAGAUGAAUAAUUAUAUAAUCCUGUGCUCUUCUUAUUUUUACCACUGAAUUCCAAAACAUUCAAAUUUGAAUUGAAAUGCCAUUUAAAUAUAAAUGUGAUACUUUUAGUUGUCUCCCCUUUUUAUCCCCCCCCCCCCAUGAUCAGCACAAUAAUAAAAAAGAUUUGUCAUUUUG